AGGCCCCAGAAAAAGAAAGAAAGAAAGAGAGAGGUUUAGAUAUAAUCUCUUUGAGAGGUCAAUCUCUUCCCAGGGUCCAAGAUGCCGGCUGCACUGGUUAUAAGUGGUGGAGCUUCCUUCGAAGGCAAGACGACGAUUUAUGUGGUGAUAAGUGCAAUAAUGGCAGCCUUUGGAGGCUUAAUGUUUGGUUAUGACAAUGGAAUUGCAGGAGGAGUGACUUCAAUGGAUGAUUUCUUGAAAAAAUUCUUUCCAAAAGUAUACGAAAGGAAACAGAAAGCACAUGAGAACAAUUACUGUAAAUACGACAACGAGUUCCUGCAACUGUUCACAUCGUCCUUGUACCUGGCUGCCCUUGUCUUCAGUUUUGUGGCGUCCCAUGUCUGUACCAAAUACGGUCGACGCCUCACCAUGCGCUUAGCUUCUUUCUUCUUUCUCGGCGGCGCUCUUCUAGAUGCCUUCGCCGUCAAUCUCCCAAUGCUCAUCAUUGGCCGUAUCUUCCUUGGUGCUGGAGUUGGUUUCGCCAAUCAGGCGGUUCCUCUGUUCCUAUCAGAGAUAGCUCCGGCCAAGAUCCGAGGAUCGCUGAACAUUUUGUUCCAGCUAUGUGUGACAAUAGGGAUCCUAGUAGCAAACUUGGUGAACUACUUUGUGGCUGAAGUCCACCCUAAUGGAUGGAGGAUAGCUUUGGGUCUUGCAGGGGUGCCUGCCAUCAUGCUUUGCGUGGGAUCCUUGAUCAUUACUGAGACACCUACUAGUCUUGUUGAGCGUGAAAUGUUCGAAGAAGGGAGAGCCACCCUCAUGAAGAUUAGAGAUUCUGCUAAUGUCGAUGCCGAAUUCGAUCAAAUCGUGCAUGCCUCUGAGAUUUCCCGGCAAGUGAAGAACCCAUUUGGUAAACUAUUGAAGAGAUCAAGUCGUCCUCCAUUGGUGAUUGCUAUCUGUUUGCAAGUAUUUCAACAGUUCACAGGGAUCAAUGCUAUCAUGUUCUAUGCACCAGUCCUUUUCCAGACUAUGGGUUUCAAGAGCAGUGCUUCAUUGCUAUCAGCUGUCAUCACUGGCCUAGUUAAUGUGUUUAGCACUUUGGUUUCUGUCUAUGCCGUUGAUAGGGCUGGAAGAAGGAUUUUGCUCCUUCAAGCAGCUGUUCAGAUGUUCCUCAGCCAGGGUAUUAUUGGGAUUCUUCUAAUGAAGGAUUUGAAGCCAACGGGAACCCUAGGGCGUACAGAAGCCAUUAUAAUAGUGUUGUUGGUGUGCUUGUUUGUGAUGAGUUUUGCAUGGUCAUGGGGACCCUUGGGUUGGUUGAUUCCCAGUGAGACCUUCCCUCUACAGACAAGGACAGCAGGAUUUGCCUGUGCUGUGAGCUCCAACAUGCUCUGCACAUUCAUCAUAGCUCAGUCAUUCUUGUCAAUGUUGUGUACCAUGCAAGCCGGCAUCUUCUUCUUCUUUGCUGCUUGGAUCUUGAUCAUGGGCUUUUUUGCCCUAUUCUUGUUGCCGGAGACGAAGGGCGUGCCGGUCGACGAUAUGGUCAAUAGAGUCUGGAAACAACAUUGGUAUUGGAAGAGAUUCAUGAGUGAAGAUGACCCAGAUGAGGAUAUGAAGAACAGCAGACUUGAGAUGGCAGCAUCCCCAUCAAGAUCACACAGUUAA